GCUGCUCGGUGGAAAAGCACGAGCCAUGGAUAACCUGUACACGUGCCUCAAGACAGAGAUAGCCUCCUUCCAGGACCAUGUCCAGCAAUGCAAACACUCCUUCAACAUGGACGCUCUUCACCCAGUCUUGAGUGCCCUAACCACGAAACAGCAGGAUGAAAUCAACACCUUGGAGCAGCUGCGGGUUCUCCUCUCCAAGGUUCAAGAGGAGCCUGCAGUGGCAGUCAGUGGCUACAGCGGCUCAGAAAUAAAACGUUGCAUCACCUGGCUUCUCUCUUUCGUGGAAUAUCUCGGCGCCAUGAAAGAGACCUUUGACGAGAAAGUGGUAGUCCCUCUCUGCGAGAACCUGUACGUAAUUGAGGAAGACGAGAGCACUGCCGCUUCUUCUGAUCAGACUGUCCCUUUCACCUCUGACCCUCAAAGCCCGCCCCCUACAUCUGUGACUAAGGUGGCCAAUGAGCUCCUUGUUCUCCGACGCAGAUGGGCUUUGAUGCUCGUCCCUGGUCUAAUCAAGGCAGAGAACUUCAGUCUACUGACCAAUACUGAUGGCUCUGAGCGGUUCACUGAGCGGUUCGCCAAGGUCCAAUGGCUUGUACCAGAUAUCCUCUAUAUGAGCUCUAGGGCUGCCCAACUUGCCUAUCAGUGGGUGGACCUGCACCAGUGUGGGCACAGGGGUAGAAAAGUAGGGGCCAGUGGGUUGGAGGUUCCCGAGACAGCCCCAAGGAGGUCUACUGGCCAGAGACGGGAAGCGAGUGAUGAACAGGGCAUCCUGGUUGCGGUAGAAAGGAGAGGGGAGGGAACGGCCGGAGAGGCCCAAGCCAGACUGAUGGAGUCUAGGAUGGAGCUCAUGGCUUUGGCCGGGAAAGAGCAUAGGGUGCUAUCUCUGGAGGUGAGGUUAGAGAAGGCCAUCUACAGGAUCCAGGACCUCCAGGCCAAGCUCCGACAGGAGAGGUUGAUGGUAGAAAGUGCGGCCCAGCAGGAGGCCAGUGAUGUGGAGGAAAGGAAGACAGAGGAGCUGGUCCUCAACCCAAGUCUACAGCUGGAGAGGAGGCUGAGGAUGGAAAGGUACCAUCGGAAGAUACUUCUGGGAGACCUGCUGAUGGAGCUUAAGAUUCGCCCAGUUCUCAUACGCUACACUGAUAUGUUGAGGGAUCGAUGCAAACAGCAGGAGGAGACACUACGGGCCAUGGAGGGCAGUAUGGGUAGCAGGUUCCCUUCAAAGCCUGAGAGCCUCAACCUCUCCAAACAGUGAAUCCAUCUUCUCUAGCCUGUUGUCCCUCACAUAGACACCCAGCGAGAGACACUCAUCCUGGGGUACAAGUCUAGGCUGCCUCCGGCUCAUACUCCUAGGGUUGAAGGAGUCCUUCAUCCCUGGGCCUCCAGAUGGACACUCAACCCAACAAAUGAAUUGUUGCCUGGGGGAUGCAUCCUAAUGAAUCCUGGACAAUGCUCCAGCCUCACAUUAGGCCCCCUGUGAUACCACCCAUAUUUGAUUUAGUUUCUUAGUUUAAGUCUUUCUUUUCAUUCCACCUAAUUUAGUCAACGAUGAACACACACACACACACACACACACACACACACACACACACACACACACACACACACACACACACACACACACACACACACACACACACACACACACAGUCAUGUGUGACUGCAAAUUAUGUUUAUUACCAGAAUCAACCAAAUUAAGACUGAAACAUUCUUUAUUAAUAGUUAACUACAGUAGUGACUGUCCUUAACCCAGUCUGUAACUACAGAGGUGACUGUUUAACCCAGUCUGUAACUACAGUGGUGACUGUGUUUAACCCAGUCUGUAACUACAGUGGUGACUGUCCUUAACCCAGUCUGUAACUACAGUAGUGACUGUCCUUAACCCAGUCUGUAACUACAGUGGUGACUGUGUUUAACCCAGUCUGUAACUACAGUAGUGACUGUCCUUAACCCAGUCUAUAACUACAGUGGUGACUGUGUUUAACCCAGUCUGUAACUACAGUAGUGACUGUCCUUAUCCCAGUCUGUAACUACAGUAGUGACUGUCCUUAACCCAGUAUGUAACUACAGUGGUGACUGUGUUUAACCCAGUCUGUAACUACAGUGGUGACUGUCCUUAUCCCAGUCUGUAACUACAGUGGUGACUGUCCUUAACCCAGUCUGUAACUACAGUAGUGACUGUCCUUAUCCCAGUCUGUAACUACAGUAGUGACUGUCCUUAACCCAGUAUGUAACUACAGUAGUGACUGUCCUUAACCCAGUCUGUAACUACAGUAGUGACUGUCCUUAACCCAGUCUGUAACUACAGUAGUGACUGUCCUUAACCCAGUCUGUAACUACAGUAGUGACUGUCCUUAACCCAGUCUGUAACUACAGUCUGUAACUACAGUGGUGACUGUCCUUAUCCCAGUCUGUAACUACAGUGGUGACUGUGUUUAACCCAGUCUGUAACUACAGUAGUGACUGUCCUUAACCCAGUCUGUAACUACAGUGGUGACUGUCCUUAUCCCAGUCUGUAACUACAGUAGUGACUGUUCUUAUCCCAGUCUGUAACUACAGUAUAUAACUACAGUAGUGACUGUCCUUAUCCCAGUCUGUAACUACAGUGGUGACUGUCCUUAUCCCAGUCUGUAACUACAGUAGUGACUGUUCUUAUCCCAGUCUGUAACUACAGUAUAUAACUACAGUAGUGACUGUCCUUAUCCCAGUCUGUAACUACAGUAGUGACUGUCCUUAACUCUCUGUACACAAGCCAAUACAAGAAAACAAUGAAUGUCCCAAGAGAGCACAACACACUUUUGUGUCCUCGUCAUUAAGAAGAAGAACAAUGUGAUUGAUCACCAUGACACGGCUUGCUACGUGUUGCUUGAUGACACACAGUACAUAGCACUGAUGAGGAUUCAUCCACACAGAGAGACUGCUAGUUCCAUCCUCCUUACUCAGCAACAUUAUUUAUAUCCCUGCACAAUAAGCUGCCUGUGUGUUCUGGCAUCAGAUGCAGGGUCGCCAUGGGUCAGCUCAUAGUUCAAAAGCCACAUCAAGCAAAUUGGCUGUGUUGUUUGGGUAAAAGUUAAUUAUAGGGCUGAGAAAUGUGUACACUGUGAGAAGGUUCACACGCUCCACAUAUUAUCAUUCAUCUGACCUUGUGGGUCAGGGGCCUGACAUUCCAUACAGCAUGUGAAUCAGCAACAAAUGAAUACUUGGUAAACUGUAUGGACUGGUGAGCUAAUUGAGGGGGUGAAAAUAGUGCUGUAUCUUCAGCUCACCACUGUUCUCAAACUUCAGGGAGAAAGUCAUUGAUUGGUUAUUGGCAGUCGUUUAUUACAUAAAAAUGUAUGUAUCGUAUAUUACAUAAAAAUCUCCACCCAUCUGUCAUUGAACUUGCCUGUGCAUGCUUAAUAUGCUUAAUAUUUUAAUAUUUUUAUUUAACCUUUA